AUGACAAAUGAUUCAACCGAAUCGGUGCCAUCAGAUUUUCGCCUCCAAACCCGUUUCAUUAUCUGUUGUGGUCUUGCCAGAGGAUUCUUAAGGUUCUACAUUGUUUCUUAUGGUUUGGGAAUCUAUAUUCUGAAUUUGCUCAUUGGGUUUCUGUCACCUCUUGAUGACCCCGAGCUGGAACCUUCCGAUGGACCUAUGCUGCCAACAAAAGGUUCGGAUGAAUUCAAGCCUUUCAUUCGCCGCCUCCCAGAGUUCAAAUUCUGGUAUGCCAUCACAAAGGCUUUCUGUGUAGCAUUUUUGAUGACCUUCUUUUCCAUGUUCGAUGUUCCUGUCUUUUGGCCCAUAUUGUUGUGCUACUGGAUUGUUCUUUUUGUACUUACAAUGAAGCGCCAAAUCAUGCAUAUGAUCAAGUACAAAUAUAUCCCGUUUAAUCUUGGAAAGCAGAAAUACGGUGGGAAAAAAGCAUCUGCCAGUUCCCGUAGCAGCCCCCGAGCAGACUGA